CGAAAUUCAGAUUGCUGUCCGUUCACGUCGGCUUCGACGGAGGUAGGUGGUAGGUCGGAAAUGUCGGUGGGGACGGCGAUGGCGGCGCAGACGGCGGGGCUUUGCGGGAUCUGCAGAUCGGCUAGCUAUGGCGGCGGCUGCGGCUCUGGCAAGCAACAAUGUGACGUCGGCGAUGGCGGUGGCGGGAAAACUUUCGUUUGCGGAGGCGCGUGGUCCUCGUCGACGAAAGUGCGGUCAGCACCAUCAUCCUCGCCUGCGAUCUCUUCUCUCUCUGUAGUAGGUUAUGAUGAGGCAAUGUCGAAGGGCGGGAGUUCGAUCUGCCGAUCUGUGGAUCGAAGGGACAUCUCGACGGUCAGGAGUUGUCCUUCACUGUGGACGGGUGGAGCGACACGUGGCUGCGGGAUGCUGGCGGGGUGUGGAGCCGGGACCGCAAGGCGACGACGGGUGACUUUUGGCGUUAAAGAGCGGGCGACUGGAGAGCUUGCAGCAGGGGUAGGGAACAGGAGAUGGCGAAGGAGGUGUGCGCGCAGGGAGCAGAAGCAGGAGGACGAAGAUUUAGGAACUGCAGCAAGAGCGAUGGGAAAGACGACACGCGAGCAGCGAAGAGAGAGACGACGCGAGGAAAACCCAAGACCUCAGCCGCCAGAUUAUCCAGAAUGGGCACAGGUGCUUGAGCGGAGCGCUGAGGUUGAUGAUGCGUGGGCAGAGAUACUUCAAGAUAGCAUUGGAGAUCCUGAAGCAAUGAAGAAGAAGAUUGAUGCUCGGAUAGAAAAGUGGAGCAACGAGCACAUGCAGAAAAAGACAGGAGUUGCGGCUCCCAUGGAGGUUUCAUUUAGAGACUUUGAUCCCUUUGAUACGUACAUAUGGGUGGAGCUCUACAAGAGACCAUCUCAGAAGGACACAGAGAUUCUUGCCAGUGUUAUGCGUUCCUGGUUUGUCCUUGGGAGGCUUGGCGGUUUCAAUUACAUGAAUAUGCAGUUAACGAAAAAGAAGUAUGACGAGCCCAUGUCAUACAGUCCAGCAGACGCAGCAGAAGCACUACCGGCUUGUUUCCACAAUAUCGGUGAUUGGGAGUUCCAGGACACGUGGGGAAGGAUAUGGGCUGAUCUGGGAACGUCGGAUCCUGUGGCGCUAGAUGUGCUUAUCAAUUCUCUCGCCACCGUUUGUAACGACCAUGUUGGGAUCAAACGGCUGGUUUUUGGAAAGCGGGGUGGUCCGCCAGAUUGGGAUGAGGAUGCUUCAGAAGAGAAUGUUGACGGAUAUGUACGAGUCGAGUUGUAAUAGCAGGCAGCUUCUUUAGACGACAACCCGUCUGCCUCUUAGUCCCUACAGAAGUCCAAUUAUGUUUUUGGUCCACUGUCUACUUCUCAAUUUGUCGUCACGUUGACGAGCAAUCUGUUCUUUUUUUUUUUUAAAUAUGUUUCCGGGGGAUGUCGAAAGCAUCAUGCAGCAGCGUGCAGCAGCAACAUCACAGUCUUGAUGUAGAAGAAGUUAAUCAUUUCUCUGCGUCUGUUGGUGACAGCUAUGCCGUGCAUCAUUGAGAGAGAGAGAGAGAGAGAGAGAGAGAGAGAGAGAGAGAGAGAGAGAGAGAGAGAGAGAGAGAGAGAGUCCUGCACUCGGCUAAGAUGAAGUUGUUAUUACUGUGUUAGAGCCAGUAGGACUUCAGAAGUGCUUACGUUGUGCCUGAGAGAGAGAGAGAGAGAGAGAGAGAGAGAGAGAGAGAGAGAGAGAGAGAGAGAGAGAUUGUGUACCCUCCACGUUCAUGUAAGUACCACACAUGUUUGUUGCAGGAUUGUUCCUGUAUAGUGUAGAUAGAAAGUCCCAAGAGUUGGGGAUGCAUGUUCCUGUAUAAGCGGCGACUUUUGGAGGGACUGCAAAUCCAAAGCAUUAUCAGU